UCUCAUCCAACUGCUCUGCCGAGGGUCCUACGCUGGAUUCCCGGUCAGGGCAGUGUACCUUCACAAUUUGAUGUAGAUAGGCUGCUUAUGUAUGAUACACUUUCCUGUCAGAAGAACCCAUAACAACUUCCAAUCGAAAAUUAAAUAUACUUACUUACUUCGUAUUUUUUUGCAGAAAGUUUGCGGUGACCUCCAUUACGUUUCUCAGCCAACAGUUUGUCAUAUAAUAGAAAGGGUGUCAAGUGUACUAGCCACCAAAUUAAAUAAGUACAUUUACUUCCCAAGAACGAGACAAGACACAGAAACACUCAAAAAUGCUUUUGAAGAUUUAGGUGCCACAAGGAAUUUACCUGGUUUGCCAGAUAUUGUUGGUGCUAUCGACUGCACCCAUAUUAAAAUUACAAGACCACGUAGAAUCGAACAUUCAGAAGCUUACAGAAAUCGACAUGGGUGGUUUUCCAUCAACGUUCAGGCUAUGGUUGGACCAGACAUGGGAAUAUACGAUGUAGUGUCAAGGUGGCCAGGAAGCUCUCAUGACAGCAGAAUUUUUAGAAACGUUCAUGCGAGGCUUGAGAACAGAAAUAUUGAAGGGAUUCUUGUUGGUGAUGGUGGAUAUGCCUGCACCGGCAUUAUGUUGACGCCUGUACGGAAUCCUGUUACUCCGGCAGAAGAAAAUUACAACAAGGUGCAGAUUAGGACAAGGAAUGUAGUGGCAAGGACAUUUGGCGUACUAAAAAGAAGGUUUCCUUGCCUACAGAGGGGUCUUGGUUAUAAGUUAACCACAUCAUGCAAAAUCAUAUCAACAUGCUGCAUUCUCCAUAACAUUGCUCUACGGAAUGAAAUUGCUAAUGACCAUCUAGGUUUUGAAGCCAUCGCAAACUUGCAAGAACCUCUGGUUCCACCAGCCAGAAGACAUGCAGCCUGCAGAGGGCCUUGCUCUAAGAGCCGAGAUAAUAAGAAAUUUGUAUUAGGUGCUUAUUAUUUAAAUUAUAAUUAUUACGUAGAUAGCAUUAAUAUACACAUAAAAAAUAUAUUUAUAAAAAACAGCAAUCCUCUUUAUUUGCAGAAACAAUACAAAAUAAAACAGUACAAAUUAAAAAAAAAAUAGGAUUUUGAGGUAGCUUUGGUGCAAGAGUAUAAUACACUACUUAAACACUACAUAUCCUAUCUAAUAUUAUAAAUGCAAAACUGUGUCUGUCUGUUACUCUUUCACGCCAAAACUACUGAACGGAUUUGAAUGAAAUUUGGUAUAUAUAAUUAUGGUCUAGACCCUGAGAAAGAACAUAGGCUACUUUUUAUCCCGGAAUUCCCACGGAAAACUUUUAAAGGCGAACUUGCAGUCGCAAGUUCUGCGCAGAGCGAAGUGUACGGUCAUACGAACAGUGCCGAAACUUAAAAAAGCUCUUUUAAGUAGGGAGGAGAUGCUGGGUUAAACAGUAUGUUGUAAAGUAGAGAUCGUAUAUGCGUAUUCCGUCGAAGGCGAAUAGGAAGCCACUUGAGUUUAGAGCGAAAUUCGGAGACAUGGUCAUAUUUACGUAAACCAAAUAUAAACCGUAUGCAGAAGUUUUGAAGUCUCUCAAGCUUGUUCAGUUGCUCCUGGGUGAGAUCGAGUUAGCUGGCCUCAUAGUCAAGAAUCGAUAAUAAUAGAGAUUUCUAAAGCGCAAUCUUAGUGGAUGUUUAAUGAUCUUUAAAGGAUGUUUAAUCUUCUUUAUUCAGUUUUUUUCUUAAUAUAUCAAUUUUUAAUCGAGCUUCCUCCUUUUCCAAAUCAUAAAUUUCUUUUUUAUGGUUCAAUUCAAUUUCGUUCAUAAUUUUUAAAUGUAGCAUUUCUGCUUGAAAUCUUUCUUCCCGCUGCCUUAGAUCUUGUUUCAUUAUUUUAAUUUUUGCACUUUCAAUUCCGGAUGUAUCGGUGGCAAACUUUCACCUAGGACCACUUGCAGAAACAUAUUAAAUCUAGAUUUAGUGUCAAAUCUCGAUUUAAGAAACGUCAGUUCAUAUAAAAUUUGACACUAAAUCGAGAUUUUACACUAAAUCUAGAAUUAUUAUGAUUGUGCAAGUGGCCCCUAGUGCCAGCUUGCACCCUUGGCCUGGUGGCUGUACUGGGGGCUCGUGGGGGACUGAUAUGUGAUCUUUCAUCAGCAUCAACUAUGAUUUCAGUGAUUAGUUCCCCAUGUGAAAUUUUAUCUGUUUCUGCAGUUCGGUUGCUGGCAUGCAACCAAUGCACGUGGUCAUCGUCGUCAUUUGGUUUUACUGUAAAGAUAAAAAACAUAUAAAUAAAAACCAGCUUAGUGUGCUGUGUAGCACUUAUUGAAAUGAGUCCAUAAAUAAUUACCUUCAACUGCAUCAGAGUCAACCACUUUGACCACAGGAAGGACCGUGUUGAGCAUACCCAGCACAUGCUCACUCUCGCCAUCCAUGUUGGGGAUAGAGGGACCACCGCCGGUAUAAUUUCGUUGAUUUUCAAUCGUUUUUGCCUCUCUCGCCUUGGCCUUUCUUCUUCUUCAUUGGGUACCAUCUCCUAUCGGAGGUCGGCAAUCAUCUGGCUUAUUCUUUCCUUCGAGACUGCUGCUCGGAACAAGGAUGUGGUGUCGGUCUUGGCCUUUAGGUUGCUCCAAAAAUUUUUUUACUGCUUGGGAUUUGCCUGUAAUAAAAAUGCUCAUUAAUAUAUUUUUGUUUUACUACCUACUUACCAAAUGAUCAACACUGAAUAUAAAAUAUGAUUAGGAUGUUCUAAAUGAGAGAUAAAAA